CCCCCAUGCCUGCCUCGUUUGCCAUCAAUGAGGAGCAUCAUCAGGAAACUCAAAGAGCACUCCCCCAGGUGUUGUGGCCUUGCAAGGGAAACAUAAACAGGCGACGUUUCAGACGGUGGCCCUCCUUCGUGGCAAAUACAUGCAAUCGCACCGCUGCACGUAAAGGAUAACCGAUCUCGACGUCCCCAAAGCGGCUGCCCGCCCACCGCCACUCGGAACUCCUCCCAGGCAGUGGCACCAGGGGCAAGGGCGAGCCGGGCCAGUGUGGGCAUGGCAGGCUCUCCUACCGCGGCGGCUUGCCUGGCUGCGCUGCUGUUGGUGUUGGAGCCGGGCCCGAGCCGCGGCGGCUCCGUGAGGCUCGGGGACUCCGAGGGACUCGGCCGCCGAUUCGACGGCAUCGGAGGCCUGAGUGGCGGCGGGGCUACGUCCCGGCUUCUCGUGAACUACCCCGAGCCACAUCGCAGUGCCAUUCUGGACUACCUCUUCAAGCCCAACUUUGGCGCCUCUCUACACAUCCUAAAAGUGGAGAUUGGAGGCGACGCACAGACCACAGAUGGCACGGAGCCGUCGCACAUGCGGGACCUGGGAGACGAGAACUACUUCCGCGGCUAUGAGUGGUGGCUCAUGAAGGAGGCCAAGAAGCGCAACCCCAACAUCACGCUCGUGGGCUUGCCAUGGGCAUUUCCAGCGUGGGUCGGCGGCGAAUUCAAAUUCCCGUACAAGUACCCGGAGGUGACGGCCGGGUACGUGGUUUCCUGGGUCCUGGGUGCCAAGCAGUACCAUGGCCUGGACAUCGAUUACGUCGGGAUCUGGAAUGAGAGGAAAUACGACAUCAAUUACAUAAAGGUGCUGAGGCAGACCCUGGACAAGGUCGGCCUGGGCUGGGUCAAGAUCAUCGCGGCCGACAACAAAUGGGAAAUCGCGAGUGACAUCCUGCAUGACUCGGAGCUGGCAGAGGCCAUCAGUGUCAUCGGCGCCCACUACCCCGGCACCAAGAGCACGGUGGAUGCCGUGCGUACGGGCAAGGUGCUCUGGUCCUCGGAGGACUUCAGCACGUUCAACGACGAGACGGGCGCCGGCUGCUGGGCUCGCAUCCUCAACCAGAACUACGUCAAUGGCAACAUGACCUCAACCAUCUCGUGGAACCUGGUAGCGAGUUACUACGGGUCACUUCCAUUCGGGAGGGACGGACUCAUGACGGCCGAGGAGCCCUGGAGUGGCUUCUACAGCGUCGAUGGCCCCAUAUGGAUCUCGGCGCACACGACCCAGUUCACGAGGCCAGGCUGGCACUACCUCCAAGCGGACGGACACCUCAAGGCGGGUGGCUCCUACGUGGCCCUCACCGACGGCAGCGGGAACCUCACCAUCGUCAUAGAAACCAUGACACACAACCACUCGGUGUGCAUCCGCCCGCCGCUGCCGCCCUUCACCGUCUCGCCGCAGAACGUGACCUUCAGGCUCACCGGCUCCUUCGCCCACGUGGCGAGCCUGCAGGUGUGGCACUCGCGCCUCUACUUCACGGGGAAGCCCAGCGUGCUCUUCGAGCCCCUCUCGCCCAUCAAGGUGGACAAGGGCAGCUUCACCCUGAGCCUGGACGUGGACGAGGUGUACACGUUCACUACGCUCCUCACCGGCAACCGCGGCAACUACCCCAGGCCCCCGGCCUCCCAGCCGUUCCCGUCUCUCUACAACGACUCCUUUGACGUCGCUACUCCUCCUUUCAGCGAGGCGCCAAAUUUCGCCGACCAGACGGGCGUCUUUGAACUGUUCCGGAACCUGUCCGAUCCGGGACCGCACGUGUUCACGAUGCGUCAGGUGAUCACCACCCGACCAAUCACCUGGGCCGAGGAUGCCAAACAGCCAAUCACGGUCAUCGGAAAUCACAACUGGAGCGAUGUGCUGGUGUCAUGUGACGUGUUUAUGGAGGAUGCCGAGCAGGGAGGAGUUUUUAUCGCCGGGCGGGUGAACAAGGCCGGCAAUGAUAUCCCGUUCGCCCGGGGGGUCUUCUUCUGGAUUUUCGCAAAUGGAACAUUCGCCCUCACCAAUGACCUAGCUGGGAGGUUCGUGUUUAUGUCAGGGACAGCCCCUACCAAGCCCUGGACGUGGUACACGAUGACCCUCUCAUUGCAGGGUGACAGCGUGGUGGCCGUGGUUGAAAAUCAGCUGGUGAUGACGCAGGAGAAGAUUAUUAUGCCAACAAGAGGCUGGGUUGCAUUUGGAACGCACACAUUCCAGAAUGCACAGUUUGACAACUUUUAUGUGCAGAGCAACUGAUACGGUGUUUUCCCAGGGAGGAAGAGCGUGCUAGUUCAGUGAUGCUGGGCUGGUCUUAGAUCAGAAAAUGGUUCUAGAUUUGAAGCUUUCGUGACUGCAAGGAUUCAUACUCUUGUUUUUUUUCGGUAAAGUCACAUAGGUAAAAUAAAAUUAAAUUUAGUUGUUUUAUUUUAUUUUACCUACGUGACUUUAUAGAAAAUGGUUGUCUAACCAGAGAAUCCUGUUAUGUUGACAAGUACGACAUGGGGGAGAAUUUUUAAGUAACUCGCAAAUAACCUCACUUUUGUAAAUUGCUCAGGAUACGGGUGAUCCACAGGAAUGCAAUGUUAUGUUACAUUUACUCUCAUGAAGCGGAUGCGUACAUGCAUUGUAUGUUGCAUGGAAUUUUUGUGGUACCAUGUUCUACAUAAAAUAGGGUUCACAGCACAAAUGAACAACAGCAUGUAUGGCUUUCAAGCCACUGGCAGAGAUAGACCGACCAACACAUGCAGAUUAUGGAAGACGAGCGAGGCUUAAGGACAAAUCAAUUGAAUUAUGCUCCUCUACUUAAUCAAACUGGCAUUUCAUCCAAAUUGUACUUGAUGGGCUGCAUAAUAAGCAAGCUAAGGUAACACUAACCCUUGCCUGGCAAGUCAGUUAUAUUACAAAGUAACAUUUUACUUCCAUUAAAAACUGUAAAUGAUUUUAUUGUUUUCAGUGGCGUUUUUUUACAAAUUCACCUCACUUUGGUGGGGUUUUUUUUAAUAAAUGGUGAUGUUGAUUAAUAUAUAUUUGUGAGUUUUAUGUACAGUCACAUAUUUCACAGGUGAAUUAUAUUUCAUGAAUGUCGCGAACCGUUCUGUCUUAAGGUAUGGUCGUGGAUUCAGGGAUGGUGAAUUUUGCUUUUAAGUUGCACAAAUUAUGAAAGGAAAUUUUGUAACGUUGUGAGAUUGUUUUUGAUGUUUAAUUAUUUUGCCUGCCUUGCCAAUAUGAAUAAAAUUGUAAAAUGAAUUAUCA